AUGGUUGCUUCAGACUGGCUCAAUAAGUACUUUAUUAUCUGUAGUAAUAUUCUUGGGUCAUGUUAUGGUACAACAGGUCCAGUAUCAAUUAAUCCAUCAAGUGGCACAAAGUAUGGUCCAGAUUUUCCAGCAAUAACGUUACGUGAUGCUGUAACAUUGCAACGUUAUUUAUUAGAGGAAGAAUUUCACGUGCAUCAGGUUCAGACUGUUAUUGGUGGUUCGUUAGGUGGAAUGCAAGCACUGGAAUGGGCAUUUCAAAGUCAGGAGACCAAUUAUAUCAAGAGUUUUGUCACUAUUGCAUGCAAUGCACAACAUUCUGCAUGGCAAAUUGCUAUGAGUGAAUUACAACGUCAAGCAAUCUAUAUGGAUCCAAAGUUUUGUAAUGGUCACUACUACACGUCGUCAGCUUUACCUGAUACGGGGCUUGCAUUGGCUCGUCAAAUUGCUAUGAUAAGUUAUCGUACUCAUGCUGCAUAUGCAGAGAAAUUUGGACGACGUGAAGAAGAGUAUGCUGCUGACAAGAAUACGCGACUGUCCAAGCAUGGACGCUAUGUGGUACAAUCAUAUCUCAAUUAUCAAGGAGAUAAGUUUUUGUCACGUUUUGAUGCCAACUCGUACUUGACGUUGUUGCAUAUGAUGGACACACAUGACGUUGGACGUGGUCGUGGUGGUGUGAAUAAGGCACUGAGCUCGCUAUCCCAGCCUGCACUGGUGAUUGGCUUUGAUUCGGAUAUUCUUUACCCCCUGUGUGAGCAACAACAGCUUGCUGACGGAUUACCAAACGCCCAGUUUGCGACGCUGUCGUCGGUUCACGGCCACGACGGGGUUUUGCUCGCUCAAGAGGAGAUUAGCGAGCUUACAAAGCGGUUUCUUGCUGAAUACGUGGAGUAA